UGGGGCACCCUUAACCCGGUAAACAUCGCUCUCUCCCCAGGUCUCCCCGCCAGGUCAGGGUCGACCCGCGGACCACGCGCCGUGAUCCCGAGCCGCGCAUCCCGCCGGGCCGGGCUGCGAUCGAGCUGAGAGUUGCAGAGAGAGGGAGGAGUAGCCGGUAAGUCCGCCGCACCGGCUCGAGCCUAGGCCCCGGGCGCCGGCCUCCGAGCGCUGUGAAGGCGGGCACCCCUUUGCCUCGCCGGCUCUCUCUCUGCUCCUGCGUCCCAGCGCUUGGGCACCCGCGCGGCCACCAUGAUGCAAAUCUGUGACACCUACAACCAGAAGCACUCGCUCUUCAACGCCAUGAACCGCUUCAUCGGCGCCGUGAACAACAUGGACCAGACGGUGAUGGUGCCCAGUCUGCUGCGCGACGUGCCCCUGGCCGAGCCCGAUCUAGACAACGAGGUCGGCGUGGAGGUAGGCGGCAGUGCCGGCUGCCUGGAGGAGCGCGCGCCUUCGGCUCCCGGGCCGGGCAGUGCCAAGGGCAGUUUUUACUCGCCCUCCCGGGACAUGUACAGCCACUACAUGCUGCUCAAGUCCAUCCGCAACGACAUCGAGUGGGGGGUGCUGCACCAGCCGCCGCCCCCGGCGGGAGGCGAGGAAGGUAGCGCCUGGAAGUCCAAGGACAUCCUGGUGGACCUGGGACACCUGGAGGGCGCGGACGCCGGCGAGGAGGACCUGGAACAGCAGUUUCACUACCACCUGCGCGGGCUGCACACCGUGCUCUCCAAACUCACACGCAAAGCCAACAUCCUCACUAACAGAUACAAGCAGGAGAUCGGCUUUGGCAACUGGGGUCACUGAGGGUGUGAGGGAUCACGCCGCGGCAGUCCAACACCCUCCCCAGUCCCUUCUCCCACCCUCUCUUUUCUCAAAGCUAUUUUCUUUCUGGCUGCAGGGUGAGGUGGACGGAGAGCCAAGUUGGGGACUCGCGAAAGUGCUGGGGAAGCAGAGUCUGCAUGGAGGAGGGGCACUCUUGGGGGGAGAGGAAAGUGGUGGCGGGAGAUGAGGGGCUCAAGGACCUCCCGAGGAGGGGGGGAGAGACCUGCGCUCUGCGUUGGUGGGGGAUGAGACUUGGGCGGACGCCCUGCCUUCUGUCUGUGCCUUUCCUGGAGUUUCUUUUCUGGCUUUUGGGAGCUGGGGCCCUACCAGGGCGGGGCGCUGGCUUGCCUCAUUUCAGCGCCGCCCAGAGCCGGGCGCUGGGGAAGGCGCGGCCCUGCCAAUGGGCUGCUGGAGGCCGCGGCAUUACUAGGAUUGCAUCAGUUUUCCUGUUUGCACUAUUUCUUUUUUGUAACAGUGGCCCUGUUUUAAAUAUGUUGACUCUCCUCCUUGCUCUGAAACUUCAGCGAUUCCAUUGUGAUAAGCACACAAACUGCAUUGUCCGUAGGUAACCGGUACUACUUUAUUGAUGAUUUUCUGUUACACUGUAUAGUUGUCCUGUGGCACCCCGAUCCCACCCUUUCAAGCCACCGUGCCCUCACCCCAGUGCGAGUAAAUUGGCACUGUGCGCAACUUGUCACUUAGCCAGUGCAAAAUAAUAGCGUUAUUAUGAGAAAGUGGACUUAACCGAAACGGAGCCAGCUGACAUUCUUUUCGUGAUGUACGUAGAAUGAUGAAGGGUUCCGCUAUUGUUUUAUGUCUUAAAUUUAUUUAAAACUUUUUUAAUCCAGAUGUAGACUAUAUUCUAAAAUAAAAAGGCAAAUGUGUUAACGAAA